AUGUCAAGCAUAGAAACCCCUCUCGGAAUCUGCAAAAACAUUCCAAAUCUCAUCUCUUCCUUCGUCGACACUUUCGUUGACUAUUCCGUUUCCGGCAUCUUCUUACCGCAAGAUCGUAAUCCACCUCACACUGAGAUUCCGCAGACGAGGUUCGAGAAACCAGAGCGUCUGGUUGCAAUCGGCGAUCUCCAUGGCGAUCUCGACAAGUCCAAGGAAGCAUUCAGGAUCGCCGGGCUGAUUGAUUCGUCAGACCGAUGGACGGGUGGAUCCACGGUGGUUGUUCAGGUGGGAGACGUACUAGAUCGAGGCGGAGAGGAGAUAAAGAUACUGUAUUUCCUUGAAAGAUUGAAGCGAGAGGCUGAGAUAUCUGGAGGUAAGAUUCUGACUAUGAACGGGAACCAUGAGAUCAUGAAUGUAGAAGGUGACUUUAGAUAUGUAACUAAAAAGGGUUUAGAGGAAUUUCAAGUUUGGGCAGAUUGGUAUUGUCUAGGGAACAAGAUGAAGAACUUGUGCUUAGGUCUGGAAAAACCAAAGGAUCCUUACGAAGGUAUUCCGAUGAGUUUUCCUCGUGCUAGAGCGGAUUGUUUUGAAGGACUUAGGGCUAGGAUUGCUGCACUGAGACCUGAAGGUCCAAUUGCAAAGAGAUUCUUGUCGAAAAAUCAAACAGUUGCUGUUGUUGGUGACUCUGUGUUUGUUCACGGUGGUCUUUUAGCUGAGCAUAUAGAGUAUGGACUGGAGAAGAUAAACGAGGAGGUUACGGGUUGGAUUAACGGCUUGAGAGGAGGAAGAUAUGCACCGGUGUAUUGUAGAGGAGGGAACUCUGUAGUUUGGUUGAGGAAAUUCUCGGAUGAGAUGGCUCACAAAUGUGAUUGUUCAGCUCUUGAGCAUGCUCUUUCCACCAUUCCCGGGGUUAAGAGGAUGAUCAUGGGACACACAAUCCAGGAUGCCGGUAUCAACGGUGUUUGCGAUAAUAAAGCUAUUAGGAUUGAUGUGGGUAUGUCUAAGGGAUGUUCUGAUGGAUUACCUGAGGUCUUGGAAAUCCGCAAGGACUCUGGUGUGCGGAUAGUGACAUCGAAUCCAUUGUAUAAGGAGAAUCCGAAUUCUCAUUUAGCUCCUGAUAGUAAAAUUGGUCUCGGGUUGCUGGUACCAGCUGAACAUGUUCCUAAGCAAGUGGAAGUCAAAGCUUAA